UAAAGUAAUACUCUACACAGCAAAUCACAAUAGCGUGUUAUAUAUAGAAAUAAGAUCAGUCACUGUUUUCAAGCCUGCUAAAUAAAACUGAACUCUUGGAAUGGCAUACCAUUUGACCUUUCAAAGGUUCUCCAGCAGUAUUUAACUGAUGCAAAAGGAACACACUUGCAAUUUUCUACUUUUGACAUGACAGACCCUCCUCUUAGUUCACACAAUGUUCAAAAGGCACAAGUCCCUCGCUUCGGAACGCAAGAGAGCAUUACUUUCCCAAAGAGCUACACGGUUCAUACUGAAGGAUGAUAUGAGAAAUUUUCACUUUUUGUCAAAACUUGUACUCUCAGCGGGCCCUCUAAGACCAACUCCAGCAGUCAAACAUUCAAAAACGACUCACUUUGAGAUUGAAAUACUUGAUGCUCAAACAAGGAAACAGAUAUGUAUUCUGGAUAAGGUGACACAAUCAUCUACUAUUCAUGAUGUUAAGCAAAAGUUUCACAAAGCAUGUCCAAAGUGGUACCCUUCUCGAGUUGGUCUGCAGCUAGAAUGUGGCGGGCCUUUUUUGAAGGACUACAUUACCAUUCAAAGUAUUGCAGCUUCCUCCAUUGUCACACUGUAUGCUACAGACCUAGGUCAACAAGUCAGUUGGACCACAGUGUUUUUGGCUGAAUACACAGGACCUCUGCUAAUAUACCUCCUCUUUUAUUUGAGGAUCCCAUGUAUAUAUGAUGGAAAAGAGAGUGCUAGAAGAUUACGCCACCCAGUGGUACACUUGGCUUGCUUCUGUCAUUGUAUACACUACAUCCGAUACCUUUUGGAAACCUUAUUUGUUCACAAAGUUUCUGCAGGACACACACCUUUGAAAAAUUUGAUAAUGAGUUGUGCCUUUUACUGGGGAUUUACUUCUUGGAUUGCCUACUACAUUAAUCAUCCACUAUAUACACCACCAUCAUUUGGAAACAGGCAAAUCACAGUAUCUGCUAUCAAUUUUCUGAUUUGUGAAGCUGGGAAUCAUUUCAUCAAUGUAAUGUUGUCUCAUCCCAAUCACACAGGAAACAAUGCCUGUUUCCCAAGUCCAAAUUAUAACCCCUUCACAUGGAUGUUUUUCCUGGUUUCAUGUCCUAACUACACCUAUGAGAUUGGAUCAUGGAUUAGUUUCACAGUCAUGACACAAACACUGCCAGUUGGAAUUUUUACACUUCUGAUGAGUAUCCAGAUGUCUUUGUGGGCACAAAAGAAACAUAAGAUUUAUCUGAGAAAAUUCAAUUCAUAUAUUCAUAGAAAAUCAGCAAUGAUUCCAUUCAUAUUGUAAAAAAAAGAAUCUUAUCUCCUAUAGAAAACAGCAACAUAUAAAUUCAAUAAAUAAGACUUAGUUAAGGAUAGUUAACUAUUAUACUCCAACAAUUCAUGAGCAAUAGUAUAUACACUGAGUAAAAAUAUAAAAUAGUAAAAUUUCACUAAAUUUAGAGAAAUGCACAUGGUAAUAAAAAGUAUAAAUUAUAAAUGCAAUUAACUAAGAACAGCUCUGAAUGUAUUUGCAUGAGAUUGGUCCUUGAAUAAAAUUGUCUUACUUCAUUAAUACUUCACAAUACUAUUUGCAUAAGACAAAAUACCACAGCAAAAAAACAAUCUGAUUAAAAAAUGAAAAAGUGAUCUGAACAGACAUUUCCCAAAGGAAGACAUAUACAUGGUCAAUAAGUAUAUUUUUAAAAUGCUCAACAUUAACUAUUCAUACAGAAAUGCAAAUCAAAACCACAAUGAGAUAUCAAAUCAUCCUAAUUAGGGUGACUAUUUUCAAAAAGACAAAAAAUAUGACAGCCGUGGUGGUUCAUAUCUGUAAUCCUAACACUUUGACAGUCCAAAGCAGGAGAAUUGCUUGAGUUCAGAAGUUUGAGAUCUGGGCAACAUAUCGAGACUCUGUCUCUAAAAAGCAUAUUGAGACUCUGUCUCUACAAAAAAAUUUUAAAAAGUAAAAAUUAGCUGGGCGUGGUGGCACAUGUCAGUAGGUAGUCCCAGCUACUCGAGAUUGCUCCAGCUCAGGAGUUCAAGGCUACAGAGAGCCGUGAUUAAACCAAGGCACUCCAGCCUGGGUGACAGAGUGAGACUGUCUCAAAAUAAAAUAAAAAUAACAUAUUGGUGAAGAUGCAGGAAAAAAAAAGAACUCUUAGACACUGCUGGUGGGAAUGUAAACUAGAGCAGCCAUGUGGAGAACAACAUGGAGUUUCUUCAAAAAUUACAAAUAGAACUAUCAUAUGAUCCAGCAAUAACAUUACUGGAAAAAGGAAAUCUGUAUAUUAAAGAGACAUUUGCACCCUAUGUUUACUGCAGCACUAUUCACAAUAGCCAAGAUAUAGGAGCAACCUAGGUGUCCAACAACAGAUGAAUGGAUAAAGAAAUGUGGUAUAUAUACACAAUAGAAUACUAUGCAGCCAUAAAAACCGAAUUCCUUUCAUUCAGGACAACAUGGAUGGAAUUGGAGGGCAUAUGUUAAGUGAAACAAGCCAGGAACAGAAAGUUAAACAUUGCAUGUUAUUACUUGUAUGUGGAAGCUAAAAAAAUUGAUAUCAUAGAAGUAAAAAAUAAAACAGAGGAUACUACAGGCUGGGAAAGCUGCAGCAAAGGGAGACUAGAGAGAGAUUUGUCAAAGGAUACAAAGUUACAGCUUGGUAGGAGGAAUAAUUUCUGGUGUUCUAUACCACUGUAGGAUGACUAUAGUUAAGAACAUUAUAUUCCAUUUAGUUUCAAAUAGCUAAAAGGAGAUUUUGUCCCCAACACAAAGAAAUGAUAAAUAUUUGAAACCAUGGAUACUCUAAUUUCUCUGAUCUGAUCACUAUAAAUUAUAUGUAUUGAAACAUUAUUAUGUAUCUCCCAAAUAUGUUCAAUUCUUAUGUCGCUUAAAAAAUAAAAUUUAAUUUAAAAAGUA